AUGCCUUAUGAUCGAAUUGGAAAUAAAACUUAUAAAUUUGCACUUAAUUGUAUAGAUAUUGCUACCUGUACUAAAUGGACCUAUCCUUUAACUAAGCAUGAUUCUGCUAGCAUGGCUAAAGGGGGCAUAGAAUUCCAAGGUAAUGUUAUCAUACUAAUGAACGAAUAUGGUAUCCAAAUUCAACUAGCUAAUUCUAAAGAAUCUAUAGAUAUUGUUGAGAGAUUUAAUUAUACACUUCAAGAAUGGGCAUUCUUUAUUCAAGAUGAGCUUAACAAUUCUGUAACUCGACUUCUGGGACCUUUUGGAUUUGAUGAGCCUAGAUUAUCUCAUGAUGUCUUAGUAAGGUAUCUUCUUAAACCUGGAGAAUUAAAGGUGCAAAAAAAUCAGCCAGUCUUGUAUUGGCUAAUAGAUGGUAAAGGCAAUGGUUCAAAAAGAUCUUUUGUAAGAGAGAAACUUCAAAUCAUACCUUCUGACACAGAAUUACCACCACAAUGA